AUUUUAAAACGAAUACAAUGUCCAUUUCUACGUGAAACGUGAGUUAUACUGCUCUCCGAUAUAAUCGAGCGUAAAAGUUCUCCGUUCUGAGAUCAUCCGUGUUGCGUUAUUAUCAAAGUUGAGAAAUUAUAGCAUAGAACAGUUGGUAACGUUGUUCUAUAGAAGAGAAAUUACAUACUUAUCGCUAAUAAGUCUAAAACAGCCGCGAUGAUUCUGAAGUUGCGAACCACUAUGUUAAAAGUAACUAGCGGUUUUUCAAGGUUCGAUUUGCUCGUAAAGCCUAUCGGCUCGUUUGCUAUGCGAUCCACGGUCUCUCCAUUCCUCUCCUCCUUUUCCUCUGUUUCAUCUCUCGACUUGAGAAUGCAUAAUCGCGGUAUGAUUCAUAAUACGUUUAAAAACGUAUUCGUCAUAAUUCGAUCCUAUUGCAUUAUAACAGUUAUGUAUAAAUGAAAUAAAAUAACGUUGUAAUUGUCGUAGAAGGAACUGCAUAAAAAACUUGUUUUUAUUAAAUUCUGGUUAUUUAUAUAUAUAUAUAUAUAUAUAUAUAUAUAUAUACAUAUCUAACCGAGUAUACAUACGUAAUGAUCUUGAUGUAUGUAUUUUUUACAUUUUACUUUUGUAUGAACAACCGUAAUGAAACAGUGUUUUUAUAUUUAAUUGCUCGAUUCGCCAUUCGCUUGAAUUCAUGAAAUUCUUCGGCCACGCAGUGAAAUACAACAGAAAGAAUGCGUGUACGGUAUUAUUUCAUCCACGACAGUGCAGCAUCCUGCAUUCUUAUGCAAUAGCUGUGUUUAGUACAGCGAGUUGCGUUUAUAUUUCACGAAGGAAUUUGUUAUUGGCUAGUAAACGGUUUCCUGCAUAUUAAUUAAUUAACAUAACGUAUUAUUUAUUUCUGUUGCUCGAACAGUUCUGAAAAGUUUAUAAUCUUAAUAAGAAGAAACUUUGAUCUGUCAAAUUUAAUUAAUAAAAAGAAAACGUUUCCACUCGCUGGAUGAAACAGUUAAAAAUUCUCGAUCAAAUUCAAUCUUCAAUUUUUAAUCGUAACGUUAAUUCAAUUUGCAAUUUGUACUAAUUUUAUUUGUUUUGUCUUGCGAGAGUGGUUGCGUUUCCUUUUUAUUACGAAAUAUUCGAACUAAGUAUGAUUGAAUGAAAGCACGUUGACGAAGUAGAAAAGUAUAUAUAUAUCGCGAGUGUAUUUUCUAACGAAGUGCGUGUUAAUUCACAAUUUGUGACUUGAAUAAUUUCGUCGAUGUCGAUUUAAUCGUGCCGAUACGGAUAUCAUUAAUUAACAUAAUUAUGCAUUGCGUUGCAAUGUAUAUCGAGCGAAUGUUAAAAUGAAUUUAAGCGAAUGUUGAAAUGAAAAUAAAUUUCUUAGUUAAUUUUUUCCUCCCCUUUAUGUUUAGACUUUGAUGCUCUCUCUAUAACAAGGAAAUAUAUCUCUAUAUAAAUCUUUAGACAUAUACAGAUGUUCAGUGACUUUUCUCCGAAUUAAAAAUGCAACGCAAGGUUUUAUUUAUCAUACUUUCUCGUUUCAGAUAUACCAGACAUUCCUGAGAACAUCAAGAAUUUACGGGCACUUCAGGUGGCGGAUUUCAGCAGUAAUCCAAUUCCAAGGUCAAUAAAUUCUCACGUUUGUCUCUUCUCGCGUAAAGUGCUUGCAUUUCGUUUUUAAAAGUCGUCGAAAGCAUUUGUUCAGAAUUUAAAAAAAAAAAAAGGAAACGAAUUUAUCAUUGCAGGCUCCCAGCGGGAUUCGUGCAAUUAAGGAACUUAACUGUUUUAGGACUUAACGAUAUGUCCCUUACGAAUUUACCGCCUGAUUUCGGAAGGUAAUGGCAACAAGAACUCGCUUUAAUUACAUUCGAACUUAGGACCGUUUAAUUGAAUUGCAUUAUGUCAUUAUGAAUUGCAACAAGUUUCUGCAUCGAUUGUUCGCAGCUUGGAGGCGUUACAAUCAUUGGAGUUGAGGGAAAAUUUGCUCAAAUCUUUGCCGGAGUCGCUUUCUCAACUUUAUAAAUUGGAGCGGCUGGAUCUUGGUGACAAUGACAUUGAGAUUUUACCAGCACAUAUAGGAAAAUUACCAGCGUUGCAAGAAUUAUGGUUGGAUCAUAAUCAGUUGCAACACUUGCCAUCGGAAAUCGGAGAACUGAAAACGCUAGCGUGCCUGGACGUGUCUGAAAAUCGCCUGGAAGAUCUUCCAGAGGAAAUAGGAGGUUUAGAAUCUUUAACAGAUUUACAUUUAUCGCAGAAUGUUAUUGAAAAAUUGCCUGAUGGCCUUGGGGAAUUAAAAAAACUUACUAUUCUUAAAGUCGAUCAAAAUAGGCUUUCCACACUAAAUCCAAAUAUAGGCAGGUGCGAGAAUUUACAAGAAUUGAUUCUUACGGAAAAUUUUCUCCUAGAACUGCCUGUAACUAUAGGAAAACUUCUUAAUCUAAAUAAUUUAAAUGUAGAUAGAAAUAGUUUACAGUCGCUUCCUACAGAAAUCGGAAAUUUAAAACAAUUGGGUGUACUGUCUUUAAGAGAUAAUAAAUUGCAAUAUCUUCCUGCCGAAGUUGGACAAUGUACCGCUCUUCAUGUGUUGGAUGUGUCUGGAAAUAGAUUACAAUACUUGCCAUAUUCCUUGAUCAAUUUGAAUUUAAAGGCAGUAUGGUUAAGUAAAAAUCAAGCACAACCAAUGCUUACUUUUCAGACAGAUAUUGAUGAAGAAACAGGGCAAGAAGUAUUAAUCUGUUUUCUUUUACCGCAAUUGGAAAUCCAUCCAGAUGAUUCAGGAAGACUUGGUAUGCUUGGUGGUGGUAUGAGAAAUGCUGCUCAAGAUGGUGAAAUACGCGAGCUUGGUAGUAGUGAUGAUGAAGGUUGGCAAGAAAAAGAAGCAUCACGAACGCAUUCUGUAAAGUUUACGGAUGAACCUCCGGAAACUGAUAAGGAGACACCGUUUGUACGGCAAAAUACGCCUCAUCCCAAAGAAUUGAAAGCAAAAGCUCAUAAAUUAUUUAGUAAAGGGAAAAAUGAUAGCCGAUCAGCAUCUACAGAGGACCAAGAUGUAUCUCAAACAUUUGGUUUGGAUAAAACUGAGACUGAUAUGUCAACAAAGUCCAAUGAUUUGACAGCAGACAUCACAGAGCAAGAAUCAUUAAAACCUGAAUCAGUAGAAAAUGAACAAAAAGAAACUGUACCUGGAAUAGUAGCUGAUAAUGCAGAUUUCGAAUCUAGCAAUGAACCAGAAAUAACUUCUAAUCAAUAUAUUACAGAAUCUAAUGCUGAUAUGGGAACUGAGAGUUCAGUACCUGAAUCAAAGGAUAGAAAUGACAAAGAGGAGGAAGAAUCCGAGUAUGAAGAAACACAAAGACACGUAGAAUUUUCUAUAAUAGAAAGUACCGAUUAUGAUGGUAGUGGUGAUUCAAAUAGACCAAAUAAGCUUCAUCGUAGAGAUACUCCACAUCAUUUGAAAAACAAGCGAAUUCACGCAGUAGAUAAAGCAGUAGAUAAAGAAAAAGUAGCUUCCAUUAUUGCACAGGUGCGACUUCUGAUGCUGAACCAACGAUAGAAGUACGAGAGGAACAAUACGAAAUUCAUAUCGAAAGAACAACAGGUGGUCUUGGUUUAUCGAUAGCUGGUGGAAUCGGUUCAACUCCUUUUAAGGGUGAUGAUGAAGGCAUUUUUAUUUCCAGAGUCACGGAAGGUGGACCUGCAGAUUUAGCAGGUUUGAAAGUGGAGGAUAAAGUAUUGUCUGUAAAUGGUGUUUCAGUUGUAAAUGUAGGUCAUUAUGAUGCUGUAGAAGUUUUAAAAGCUUGUGGACGUGUUCUUGUAUUAGUAGUUCAAAGAGAAGUUACAAGGAUAGUGCCGCCAUAUGAACAGGUAUCGUCGAGAAAAGACUCGGUAUGUUCUAGUUUGAGUACUAGUAGAGCCCCAAGUGCGACGUCUCAUGUUUCAUCCACAGGUUUAUCGCAUAAUUUAGAAAACGGUGAUGCUUUACCUCAUGAUGUUAUUAAGUCUAAGAAAAUUCCUGAACCUAUAUCUUCAACGAAGGUGGGCAAUGAACCAAUGGUAUCUGUUCUUGUUCAUACGACAUUAAUACGGGACCAAAAUGGACUUGGAUUUAGUAUUGCUGGUGGGGAAGGUUCUCCACCAUUUAAAGACAAUAGUGAUAUUAAUGGGGUCGAAAUGAGAGGAGCUAAGCACGAGCAAGCAGUUGCUUUACUAACAGGCUUGGAAAGAUUCGUUCGAUUAGUGGUCGAACGUGAAAUUCCACUUUCGCAAGCAAAUGCAGCCACAGUCUUAACGCCUUCAGAAAAGUCACCACGAGUGAUAGGUGCACCUAGACCAUACACAGGAUUAUAUAACGCUAAUAGUUAUAUAGCAAAUAGGCCAGGUUACACUGGAUAUCGGCGUUCUAUCGAUGCUGAUAGAACUUUAUCGCCAAGUCCCACUUCGAAAACGCCUCCACCUAUGAAAAUUGAAACUACCGAGUUACCGAAAAUGAAUGGUGUUACAGAAUCAGGAAAUGUUAAGAAUAUUUCUUCGAUAUCGCCAAGUCCAACAAAUAGUCAACCACAUCCACAACCUGCCCCCAGGCACAGCAUUUCACAACCAACAAUUACACCCACGACAACUGCAAGCUCAACGCCCACAUCUUCUACAGAACCUAGGUCAACCUCACCCCAGGAGGACAUACAGGUAUCGAAGCCUAUCACCAACGAAGAAUUUCAGGCUAUGAUUCCUGCUCAUUUCCUUCGUCCUCCUACUUCCUCACCAUCGCCAGAUUCCCAUCAAGGCCCUAUCGUGACAGUGACAAUAAAGCAGCCUGAUAAUCUACCUGGAGAUGUCAAUUUUCCUCCGGCUCCCACUACACUUGGUAAAGUUACUGAGACCAUCACAAAGAGCACUCUCACCGAGACCGUCGUAACUAGGGUGACUGAAAAUCAAUUGGUACCACCAGUAAUUAUUGAGGACGUAAUUCUUGUAAAAGAAGGGUCCCUAGGAUUCAGUAUUAUCGGUGGUACGGAUCAUUCGUGUACUCCAUUUGGUGCAAAAGAACCUGGAAUUUUUAUAUCUCAUGUUGUGCCUGGUGGUAUAGCCGCAAAAUCUGGUAAAUUAAGAAUGGGCGAUAGGAUACUAAAGGUAAAUGGUACCGAUGUAACAAAAGCUACUCAUCAAGAGGCUGUGAUGGAACUUUUGCGACCAGGCGAUCAAAUAGUGCUUACUGUUCAACAUGAUCCACUACCAGAAAAUUAUCAGGAAUUAGUUAUUACAAAAGAACCAGGCGAAAAAUUGGGUAUGCACAUUAAAGGAGGACUUCGAGGACAAAAAGGCAAUCCCCUUGAUCAUACAGAUGAAGGAGUUUUUAUAUCGAAAAUCAACUCAGGCGGUGCGGCUAAAAGAGAUGGAAGACUGAAGGUUGGAAUGAGACUGUUAGAAGUCAAUGGUACAUCGCUGUUAGGUGCAACUCAUCAAGAAGCAGUAAAUAUAUUACGGUGUUCAGGAAAUACAAUUACAUUAGUGGUUUGCAAAGGAUAUGACAAAAGCGAAAUUGAACCAGUAUUGCCAAUAUCUGACAGUAGAGAUCCUAAAGAAUCUAGAACAUCCAAGGAAUUGAAAGAUCCCACAACAGAGGGUACUAAAUCGUUAUCGCAAAGUAUAUCCAGUUUGGAUCGUGAUGACGAAGAAGCAGCAACUCUCAGACAAGAACAAGAAAUGAAAGCUGAACUUGUAGCAUGGGAACAAGAAGAAAGAGAACGUGCAUUGCUUGAGCAUAGAGAAAAAUCUACUCCAGAAAAAGUAUUAGAUGUAGUAAGAGCAGCUGAAUCGUUAGUAAGCAAAUCAAGUAGUCCAGUUGACAUGGUUGUACCACCAAAAUCACCAGGUGGUACAAAAGAUCUCAAAACAACCACUAUUGUAAUGAGCAAACACACUUUAGCACCUCAAAAUACAAACUCACUGAGGAAAGAGAGAGAUGGAACAUCAGUGGACAAUCCAUCGCCCAAGUCUCCGGUCUCUACUCUUACUCCAUCAAUGAAUUUCAAUCGCAUUACUGCUGUCCAAAGCUUGCCCUCUCCAAAGAAAAAAAGUUCCAUACCAAAACGUAGUAUUACAUUUGCUGAUCUUCCUCCUCCUUCCAGGGAAGGAUCAGUUAAUUAUCCCACUUCACCUUCAAUAAAGAAACAUUCCUCAUCUUUGCACGAUAAUAGAUAUAUUUCCGAUCCUCAAAUUACUUCCUAUAAAAAAGUCUAUCAAAGUCCUAUUCAAAGUACUCAGUCGCGUUUCAAACUUCCUCCUACGCCUUUGACUGCUCCCCCAUCCAUGGGAGAUUAUGGCACUUCAGUUUCUUUUGGUAAACGACAGAACGCACGCUCUGUUGAUGGGAAUAAUCAGGUUGAGCUUUCACCAACACCAUCACCAACACCACCUUUAGUGAAGAUGUCAGUUAGCGAUAAAAAGAAAUUGUUUGAAAGUGCCAUGGAGGAACAUUUGAAACCUUCUCCUAAACCAGAAAGAAAGAUUGCUACUCUAACGCGAGACGAAUUAAAAUCAUGGGCUCAACUCGAUGAAAACGAAGGUUUGGAAGAUUUAGAGGAAGCAUUAGAAGAUCAGGAUAACCGGCGACCUAAUAGCCGACUGAGUUCGCGAAGUUCGAUCGCCCUUCUGCAGAAUCUUCCAAGCAGUGUAAGGACAGCGAAAGCAGAACGUCGCUUGAAAGAGAGAUUGAUACAGGAGGGUAUAAUUUCUGACGAAGAUGAAGAAAGUCAUUUGAGCCCUGCCGAGCAGAGAGCAUUAAGGGCAGAAAAGCGUGCAGCAUGGAGACAAGCACGUUUAAAAUCUCUGGAACAAGAUGCUAUUCAAGCACAGAUAGUAAUUAAGAAAAUGAGUGAAACGAUGGAUACUACAAAUAAGACAGAUCCUGUGCAGGAUUCCACAGAUUCCGCUGUUAUUGCAGUUCCCGAAAUAGAAAAGGCAACUGAUUUCACUACGUUACGGCCGUCUAGUGCAGAUUUUCCCAAACUUGCUGUACGCAGCAAGGUGGGUCCCCCUAAAGAGAUACGCGAAUCCGAGAAAGUAGUGGACGAGAAGGUCACUCGGCGUACCGAGGAAUACGUGGACGAGGUGACGGGUGAACGGCGCGUCCGAACAGUCGAAUACGUCGAGAAGCUUAUCGAGCGACAGGUUGAAACUCUACGAGAAAAGAUUAUAUCACUGGAAUUAAGUAACGCAGAAGACGAAGUAGAAAGUAUUAUCGGAACAGGAGCAAGCGACGCUGAAAGCGAAAGCGAAGAAAUUACCGGGCAACCUUCUAUCGUGAGUACCUCGCAGGAAAAAAUCGAAACAAUUAUACCUACAAAUGCCACUGAAGAUGCCGCUCCUAAAAUAAGUGCAAAUACUGUUCUUGUUUCGAAGAAAAAGAAACGAAAACGUUCGAAAAAAGGUCGUCAUUAAUAAUCUCAAAAUAAAAAUGUUGGUGCAAAAUGAAGAAAGACGUAUGGAAGAACGAUCGUGAAAUUCUUUUUUUACGUUAUUGUGAAAGUGUGUUCUAACAAUGCAAAUUUUGCAUUGCGUUGAUUCGCUUCGUACUGAUUUCAGAAUUCAAAUCCUUGUCACAUCGGUGCAUAUAAUAUUGAAAAAAUCUCUCAUUAUGCGCUGCUUUUUUUCGAAGCACACGCACGUAUACACAACGCAUAAUUUCAUAUUUAUCGUUUAACGUAAUUGGAAUCCAGAAUUACAUAUUUCUUUUAUAGAUUGUGCUAUGUUUUUGAUAUUAACAUAAUUGAGGUAAAAUGCAUGUUUCAUUAGCGUUAGCCACGUCGUAGUUUGGUGCAACAUAGUAAUUACUGCAAUCGAUUUCUUUAUUUCUUUAAACACGAUAGAAUUUGUACUUUAUACUUUACAACAUUGAUAAACGAUACUUCAGUGCUGAAGAAAUUAGAAUAUAAUAUCGAAAUAGUAUUUUUACAGACAGUACUAUGACAAUACAUCUUAAAAUAUAUUUACUAAAGUCAGUUCACACGAAAAAUUGAUGUAAUUCAAUUACUACAUUGUUCUAUAUAAAAUGAUACACAUUCCUUUUGCAGUUUUUGUUUUGUUUCUUAGUUUAAAAAAAUAACGUAUUUUACGUGUAUAAGCAAUUCCUCAAUUUAAAUAGAAAUAUAGAAGCAGUAUUUAUGACAAUUGAAACGAACAAUAUGCAAAUAAAAAGAUUUCAAUCAAAUUAUAACGUACAAUUGGUUUUCAACGUAUGUAAAAUAUAUCAUUAGUUAGUUUUUAGAAGUAAAAAGUAACGCGAACUACAGCUAUUUUUUGUGGUUUGUAAAGUAUUUUAUUUAUUUUCCUUUAGCAAUAAAUAUUAAUAUAUAUGUUAUGUAAAACUGUUUUAAUAUACUCUAAGAUUCAUUUUAAAAGUCACAUUAUAUGUAUAAUUUCAUCGUUAAAUAUCGACGUAGUUUCUGAUUAUUCAUCUGUAGAAAAAAGUUUAUUCAAAGUUUAUCGUUCAUUCUCGUAUCAAAGUUUCCAUCGACGUAACGAAUGUGCAUUAAAUUUUUUUAAUUGUUUCAAAUAUAUCAUACGCGCUCAUAAUUUCAUUUCCUUUCAGAUUCAUUUGUUUUAAUUUAUUUACACCAACGGUAAUUAUAUUUCAUCGUUGGCGUAUUUUACAGUAUACAUACGUUAUCUAACGUCAUAAUUAGAUAAUGAUCUCGAUUGCAUAAAAAUGUACAUGAGAAAAGUUAGCCAACGAGUAUACGUGUAAAAAUGACGAAAACUCGAAGAAAAAUAAAAAAAAUCUUAAUUUCAGUAGGAAGAUAAAAUAUGGACUAUGAUUGAAGAAACGGAAUAUGUAAAAUAUACACUGUUUCUUUAUUGCUGACAGUACCUUUAACAACUAUACACACGUGAGAUUACAAAAAAUAUAACCUUCGUUUAAAAAGUUUUUGUGGUAAUGUUAGAUAACGGUAAUACUAAAUAGACGUAUCAUCUAAUAAAAUCUGAACCCGAACAUCAACAAAUUUGUAAUCUCACGUAGUCCCAAUACGUAUACUUACCUAGACUACAGAAAUUACAAUAUAUAUCAAUACAAUAAAAAAAAAGAUAAAAAAUCAUAAUUUUACUUGUGUUUCAGAUUUAACAUUUUUUUAUUUUUCACAUACUUGCGAUGGUACGAAUACGAAUCAUCUUAAGUAUAAAAAUAUCAUUUUAUAUAGAUCAUGUACAUUUUUCAGUGAAACAGAAACCGUAUUAUUAGUAUUAAGAUUUAUGAAAAUUACAAAUGUAAAAUUAAACACUUAGCAUAAGUAUUAAUCGAAACAAGUAUACUGUUAACCGCGGUGUAAAGUGCGAUUAAAGGAGCGGGACCAAUUUAUUAAAUUAUUCAUAAGAUCAUAAAAAAGAAAGAAAUAUACGUUGCUGUUUUCUUUCAUACAAGCUUUAUACGUAAUUUACCGUACGUUUAUUAUCAACCGUGGCAUUACUUUUCGAAAUUGUGCCAAUGUUAUAUUAUACCUUUCUAGAAAUAAUUUAAAACGUAAAUAUUUUCCAAAUAAAAAUUGAAACUUUUUCAUGAUAUUGCAAAUAGUAUAAUAAGAACGAUCGUGAUAGUUAUAGCGUUAAAAAUUAUACAUCUUGACAUAAUUACUUUGAUGAAUGAAUCACGACAUUUCAUUAAAAUAAUUCAGUGAAAUUAAACUUAAAAAACAAAUUAAUCAGAAUGAAAAAAAUACCGCCACUCUUCAACGCUAUAACACGUUGGCAAAUUAUAUCACGAACUCGUAUCAUUGUUAAUUAUAAAAGCAAAUCUAUAGUUGGAGACUCUUAUUUUAGAAGUACUUUACAUCGACGUUAAACAACAGACAAAUAACUCGUAUGUACUUUUGAAAUCUUUGUAUUUGCUCUUAUCUUAACAAUCAAUCAUAAAGAGAAAUAUUACAUUCUGUCUACGUAUAUUUUAUAUUUUGAUAAUACAAUAUACCUGGUUAUAUCAAACAAUAAACUGAAACUACUAUUUAUACAAAUAAAUUUUAAAAUAUGUAUUUUAUAUGCAAUAAGAGAACGCUUCGUGCAACUAGUACCUUAGUUCGUGGUACUGUUACGCGUUGACAAAUUAAAAAUAUUUAUUUAUCCAUGUUUUCUAUCAAACGGUAUUUAUACAUUUUACACUGUUCGACAAACUUGCAAACAAAAGAUACGUGUAAGUGCAAAUCAAUCAUGAAAUAAGAAAAAAACACGUAAAUAAAAUACCUUAAUGUCUUUGUAUCAACUUUAUUAUCGAAUUAAAAUAAAUGAAAUUGACACAGACAAAAAAAUUAAUAUGCUAUUUUUAUGUUAUAUAUUAUUUUUAUUUUAUCUCUUUGGUGCAACGAUUCCCUCUAAUUGCGUCUGAACUGCUGAUUUGUCUUUUUCAAAAAUUGUAUCUCUUCCAUGUGUUUUUUCUCUUCAGCUUCUCUUAAUUCAGCUGCUCUUCUUUCAGCUUGUUCAAAUUUCUGUUUAAGUUCGAGAACUGUUUUUUCUAAUUCAGCCUUUUGCGAUCGAAGCUCAUCCGCGGCAGCAAUCAAAUCUUCCUUCCCUUGCUCAGCCUGUAAAACUUUGCGCAUACCAAAAGCGAUACUACUUUGAUACAAAGUUUGAUACGCAGCUAAUGUCAUCUUAAGUUCAUCUCGAAUUCUAAGUAAAAGCAAUCCACGUUCUGCACAGUUUAUCGUCACUUGGCGUAUUAUUUCAUCUACAAAACAUUGUGUAUAAAGCUCUCUACGUACUGGACAAAUACCAGUUUCUCUUGCUUGCCUUUGUUGCAACUUCAUAUUUAGAUGUUCUUGUAAAUUGAUAACGUCUAAUCUCGUUGCCGGUGUACUUGAUACCUGUUGAGUCCAAACUUGACCAUCCUCUUCCCAUUGUUUAGGCGGUAAAAUUUUAUUGAGAAUCUCGGAAGUUUCGCGUCUUGUAUCGAGUAUAGGAAUAGUGGUUUCUACUUUACAAACUGUUACUCCGAUUUUUGGCACCUGUUCUUUCGUUACCUGUUUUAAUAAGAAAUGUUAUAAAUUAAUUUAU